UGUAUUACACGAUUACAGCCGCGGGAUCAACCUGUCAGUGACAGUCCCGCUAUUGUCGCUGCUAUUGCACGGUCCUAUUUUAAGUUUAAGAAACGCCUUUUGUUUGUGCGUUUCCUCUCCCAGUAAUAAAUAGCCUACGGCGUGCCGCGUGAUUAUGAAGUUGCCCGCACUUUCUCACUAGAGUCAUUUGCGGCGGAUAAAUUCGAUUCCAGGCGGAUUUAGCGAGAAGCGUCGCUCUCCCUCCCCGGAGCAGCAUCACAUGCUCCGGCCGAUUCUCCACGCGGCUCGCAUGCAGCAAACGAGGCUGCGAACGGUGCCCCUUCCCGGGGAAGCGCUUCUCAAACCCAUCCGUUUGACGUCAAGCGCUCAAUUAUUGGACGCGUCGUGUGAAUUUUUUUCGCAAAAACAAAUAAUCGCCAGUGACUCCGAUUGUUCUGUCACACGAUUCAGGAGGAACCGUGCAGGUCUGCCUUUCUCCUCAUCGCCCUUGAAGUGAAAGUUUUCUCUGAAGAUCUGGACAUCAUGCAACUGCGUUUACCGCAAUAACGCGUCCGUCAGCGAGUCCUUAUUGCAUAACCUCUCAGGAGACGAAAGUAUACAGUUUUUUUUUUAAUUCUCUCUAUAAAUAUCACCGCCUGAGAGAGGCAGGAGAGCACUAUCAAUAUACAGGAGUCUCAUUAAGGAGCCCAGCUAAAGGAAAGCGCCACCUGUCUGUGGAAUAUGGAUCUGCAUGGAGAGGACAGACAGAUACCAGGAAAUGGACCUCUGUCUGCAAAGAGCCAGCCAGCUCACCGGUCCUCGCUCAAGAUGUUCCUGGCUGCUUUGUCCUUUGCCUAUUUUUCCAAGGCCCUCUCCGGGAGCUAUCUGAAGAGUACAAUUACCCAGCUGGAGAGGAGGUUCGAUAUUCCGAGUUACUUAAUAGGAAUCAUCGACGGCAGCUUUGAAAUAGGCAACCUGCUGGUCAUUGCCUUCGUCAGCUACUUUGGGGCCAAGCUGCACCGGCCGAAGAUCAUCGCGGUCGGCUGCUUGCUCAUGUCCGUCGGCACCUUCCUCAUCGCCAUGCCUCAUUUCAUCAUCGGACGCUAUAAGUUUGAAACUUCCAUUAGAUCUUCGAUGAACUCGACCAGUAUCCUCACCCCGUGUCCUGCAAGCUCUCCUGAUCCUCCGACCACGAGAGAUGGACUUUCAACGGUGGCGAGUGCAGUUUCAGAUGGCCUUCUGGGGAGGAGGUACUCCACUAACAUCCAUCCCUCCGUGCCGGGCUGUGAACGAGAGUCCAGCCUCUCCAUGUGGAUUUAUGUUCUCCUGGGGAACAUGUUGCGUGGAAUCGGCGAAACUCCCGUCCAGCCGCUGGGAAUCUCAUACAUCGAUGACCACACUCGACAGGAAGACGCAGCCUUCUACAUUGGCUGCGUGCAGACGGUCGCCAUCAUAGGCCCGAUAUUUGGGUACCUCCUGGGUUCUCUGUGUGCUAAGAUAUAUGUGGACAUUGGAUUUGUAGAUAUGGAGAGCAUCACCAUCUCCCCCGGCGACGCCCGCUGGGUGGGAGCGUGGUGGUUGGGCUACCUCAUUGCGGGGGUCAUCACCCUCCUCUCGGCUGUCCCAUUCUGGUUCCUGCCGAAGUCGCUGGCCAGGCCGGGGGAGCAGCGCCCCUCUGGGGGUGCCCCGGAGAAGUCCUGCUUCAUCGGUGACCCCAUGUGCGUCGAGCGCAAGUAUAGGCCAGAGGAGCCGGCCAACUUGGCGGAGAUGGCAAAAGAGUUUCUGCCUUCAUUGAAAAAUCUCCUGGGAAACCAAGUCUACUUCUUAUAUCUGUGUGUGACAAUCAUCCAGUUCAACUCCCUCAUUGGGAUGGUGACGUACAAACCAAAGUACAUUGAGGAGCAUUACGGACAAUCAGCAUCUAAAGCCAACUUUCUGAUGGGCCUCAUCAACAUUCCUGCCGUGGCCCUUGGCAUGUUCCUGGGGGGUGUGGUCAUGAAGAAGCUGAGGCUGGACAUCAUGGGAGCCGCCAAGUUUGCUUUCGGCACCUCGCUGCUGGGCUACUUCCUGUCCCUUUUCUUCUUCGCCAUGGGCUGUGAGAACUCCAAGGUGGCUGGGAUAACAGUGUCCUACAAGGGAGGGGACAUGUUGGCAUCUCAGGAGGCCUCCCAGUUCACAGACUGCAACUCCGCCUGCCUGUGUUCCGGGAAGGACUGGGACCCGGUGUGUGGAGAGAACGGCAUCACCUACAUCUCUCCAUGCCUGGCCGGCUGCCACCUGUCCAGCGGAUCAGGAAAGAACACAGUGUUUGACCAGUGCCAGUGCCUGUCUGAGGCAGGCUCCGCACCCGGGAAUCUCUCUGCCACCGUGGGCCACUGCCGGCGCCGGGACGGGUGCGACCGCAUAUUCCCCUACUUCCUGGCGCUCUCGGUCUUCAGUUCCUUCAUCAUCUCCCUGGGCGGGACACCAGGCUACAUGUUGCUCAUCAGGUGUAUAAAGCCAGAACUGAAAUCCUUAGCGCUGGGAUUCCACACUUUGACAACUCGAACGCUGGCGGGAAUCCCCGCCCCCAUCUACUUUGGGGCAGUCAUCGAUGCCACCUGUCUGAAGUGGGGCCACAAGAGGUGUGGGGGGAGAGGCGCGUGUAGGAUCUAUGACACCUCGGCGUACAGGAUCGUGUACCUGGGUCUGACUCUGGGCCUGCGCACUGUGUCCUUCAUCCUGUGUGUCAUGGGCUUUGUGCUGCUCCGGAGACAAGUCAGGGCGGAGGAGAAAAAUCCAGGCAUGGUGAAUGGAGGGACAGAGCUGGAAUCACUGACCAAGGAUGAGAACAGCUCUCUAAACUGUGACCAGCUCAUACGCAACUCGGACUACGACCCAGACCGGGAGACCAGGCUCUGACUUCUGGACGUUCCCAUUUUCUUUUCAUCCCAAAACAUGCAAAGCAUGAUGGGAACACUGGCCAAGUUGAAUGAUUUCAUAGAACAUAAAUUAUAUAUUUGUACUGGACUUGUGUAGAUUUUAUGAGAUGCACAAUAUUGUUUUAAUAAAAUUUAAAUAUUUUGUU